CAGAAACACAAACGCUGCCGUUUUGGCGCUCUCUCUCUCUCCCUUCUUUUUUCCCGCGAAGAGACCUAAUCGUUGAUCACCAUUCAUCUUUUACUUAAACACCAAUUAAUUUGAUCUCUCCGUUUACCUUCCUUAAUCUAUUAUUUAAACCAGCUGGUUAUAAAAGCCGUUACGAAACCGAGUCCUUAUUCUUUUGGGUCUCUUACUUUCCGCAAAACGAUAACGUUUCCGUUGAUUUUGCUCUCUUUUUAUUUUAUUUCUCACACACCCUGCUCUGUUUGUUGACCGUUAUGUGAAAAGAGUAAACGUUGAAGUUCAAUUAUAAUCUCUUUUAAUCAGUUGAUGGUUUAAAAUCUCAGAACUUCAUUAACUUAACACUGUAUUGUGAGUCGAGGGUUUUGUUUAUUUAUUUCAAUUUUAAUUGGAGUGAGAGAUCAUCAUGGUCGAGAGACUUGAUGAGGAGGUUAAGUCUGAUUCUGUUAAGGACGCUGCUUUAGUUUCUCUUCAAGGGAGGAUAACGGGUCCCACUAGAAGAUCAACUCAGGGAGGCUGGACAGAGGAGGAGGAUAAAUUUUUAGUUGCUGCAGUGGCCAAGUAUAAUCAGAGAAACUGGAGAAGAGUUGCUCAAUGCGUUCCUGGUAGAACGUAUGAUCAAUGUCUGCAUCGCUGGCAAAAGGUUCUCGACCCGGCCCUUGUUAAAGGACCUUGGAAAAAGGAGGAGGAUGAUCUAAUUAUCAAGCUUGUUGAACAGCAAGGGAACAAUAAGAAAUGGUCCGAAGUAGCUAAACACGUGCCAGGCCGCAUAGGAAAGCAAUGCCGAGAGAGGUGGCACAACCAUUUAAACCCGGAUAUAAAUAGAACUCCAUGGUCCAAAGAAGAGGAACAAAUUCUCAUCAAAGUUCAUGCUAUAUAUGGGAAUAAGUGGGCUGAGAUUGCAAAAUAUCUCGACAGAAGGACUGAGAAUUCAAUAAAGAAUCACUGGAACUGCUCAAUGAGGAAGAAAUUAGAAUCACUUUCAGCUCGCGAUCUUCUACAACAAAAUAGUAUUGUAAAAGCAGGAAGGAUGAACCUAGACAGCGUUACGCAUAUUUCAAGGAAUAUAGCUCUUGGGGUUCAUAGUACUACAAUGGCUCAACCAAUUGAGCCAACUUCAGAUAAGGGUAAUUUCCAAUUUCCGAGUAGAGAAGCCAUUUUUGGAAAAACAGAGAACAGAACUCCAGCAGCAGCAUGUCCAUCAGAUGUAGAGUGCAGAGAAAGAACUCAUGUUUUGUCAAAUUCAUUAGAUGAAUUGCAAUCGGCAACACCCUCCGUGCCUUUGACUCUCUCUUUGUGUACUCCUAGUGUUCCUGAUAAUAACAGCAAAAAAGGAGUGAAUCAUGGCAGUGGAAUUCAUCCUAUCUAUAGCAGCCCGGAAUCGAUUUGGAGAAGCACGCUGAGGAAAGCAGCAAUUAGCUUCAAACACACUCCAUCAAUAAUAAGAAAAAAUAGUUCUAAAAGCUUGAGCCAAUUGGGCAGUGGUAUUUUCUCCGAAAAAGAUUGAGUGGAGAACUCUAGCAAUAGCAGUAACAUUUGCUCGCUACAAGAAUCUGUAGAUUUUUCGCAAUAGCAGUAACAUGGAUCUUUCAACUCAAA